GGGAUUCGUCCCCUGAGGUUUACCUUAAUUUCAGGAACCCCCUCUGGUAUGAAAAAUUGGAGUACAACAAAAGAGGAAUUACAUAUUGACCCCAUGCAAAGCUUCAGGAAGCAGCACCACAAUAAAGACUGGAGUUUUUCUUCUUCCCCACUAUAGUUUGAUCACCUUAGGUCUCAGGUUUACCUCCAUUCUCUUCCAUCAGGCCUCUACCUUUAUGGUUUUAGGCUUUCUUCAGAUUAAUGGGCUUCUUUAAGUUUGUGAUUAUUAGUUCAUGUACCGACAUUUGGCUCAUGUCACCUCGAAGCUCACGGCUUUGGCGAGGUCAGGUCGCAUUGUUUGCGCUCGCAAGAUGUUCGACGAAAUGCGUCAGAGAGAUACCAUUGCAUGGAAUGCAAUGCUUAGUGGGUAUUCUCGACUGGGUUUUCACCAAGAAACGCUUUUGUUAUUCUCCCAGAUGAGAACUAGUAACUCCAAGCUCGAUCACUACACUUUCACCUCUGCAUUGAGCGCAAGUGCUGGCCUAGGAAAUCUUCCAUCUGGGCAAAAGCUUCACGCUUUGAUUGUUGUUUUUGGAUACACUCUAUUUUUGCCUGUGAAUAAUGCUCUCAUUGAUAUGUAUGGUAAGUGCAUGAGCAGUCCUGAUGCUAAUAGAGUUUUUGAAGAUAUGGGUUCUAAGAAUGAAGUAUCAUGGUGUUCAUUAUUGUUUGCUUAUGUAAAUACUGGCGAUUUUGAUGUUGCGAGUAGUAUUUUCUCUGCUAUGCCAAAUAGGGUGGUUGUUGCUUGGAAUACCAUGAUUGCUGGUUACGCCAAAAGUGGUGAAGUGGAAUUAUGUUUUGAUUUGUUCAAGAAGAUGUUAGACGAUUCUUCUUUGCCGGAUCAGUGGACAUUGAGUGCAGUCAUGAAUGCUUGUGCUGGAGUGAGUAAAAGUUGUUAUGGUUGUAUGGUACAUAGUUUUAUCAUUAAAAGUGGUUGGAGUUCUGCAGUGGAGGUGAGCAAUUCAAUAAUUAGUGCCUAUGUGAGGUUUGGCUUUCACAAUGAGAUUUCAAAGAUGAUCGACUGUCUUGGGGUUUUAAAUCAGGUAUCUUGGAAUGCAAUUAUUGAUGCUUAUAUGAAGGCAGGUAAUUGUCAGGAAGCAUUACAUGUUUUUCAGCAGGCACGCGAGAAGAAUGUCGUUUCUUGGACAACAAUGAUUGCUGGAUUUGCCCGAAAUGCCAAUGGGGAACACGCUUUUAGCAUAUUCGUUGACAUGUUAAGAAGCGGUCUCAAGCCAGAUGAUUUUACAUUUGGAGCUGUUUUGCAUGCUUGCUCAAGCUUAGCCGCUCUUGGACAGGGUAAAACAAUCCAUGGUUGUGUCGUUCAAUCAGGACUCUCUAGAUAUGGUUAUGUUGGCAAUAGCUUGCUGAAUAUGUAUGCUAAAUGUGGGGAUAUAGUUGAUUCAUUCAAAGUAUUUAACGAAAUUCUUGAGAGAGAUUUGACAACCUGGAAUACAAUGCUGUUUGCAUAUGGACUCUAUGGAUUGUCUACGCAAGCAUUGCAGCUCUUUGAGUCAAUGGUAGCUUCUGGAUUUGAACCAGAUAAAGUAACCUUCAUAGGUCUAUUGAUGACAUGUAGCCAUUCAGGGCUCAUAGAAACAGGCCGUUUUGUUUUUGAAUCAAUGACUGCUCUUCACGGUAUCUCCCCUGACAUUGAUCAUGUGGCUUGCAUGGUCGAUAUGUUGGGGAGGGCAGGCCAUUUAAGAGAAGCAAGAGAGUUGGCUGACCAAUACUUUGGUGUGCAGAGUGAGAAGAUCAGCUCAUGUGAUGUUCUAUUUGGAGCAUGUUCUGGUCAAGACGAUAUUGAAAUGGGAGCGGAAUUGGGGGAGCAGCUGCAGAUUCUUGAGCCACAAAAUGAGAUGGGCUAUGUGCUGCUGUCUAACAUUUAUUGUGCAAGUGGGCAGUGGAAAGAAGCUGAGAUAAUCAGGAGACGAAUGGCUCGUCAACAGGUGAAAAAGUUACCAGGUUUUAGUUGGAUAGAGGUGAAAAAUGAGAUGGCAUCAUUCGUGGCUGGAACACGAUCAAAUGCAUGCGUGAGAGAGUUGAGUUAUAUGCUGUCGAUUCUUGGAUCUGAAAUGAGAUACCCGAUAACUGUCGCCCAGUGGGACUAAAACGCUCGGAAUUGUCUCUCUUACUAAGCACAGAAAGACCAUGCAAUACAUCGAAGCUUGAUGAAAUAAAUUCAGAACUGCGCUCGAAACUGUGAGACCGGCAGACAAAAGAAACUUUUUUUUUGGUCUGAAAAUCAGACAAGUCUGCCAAACCACAAGUCAGCGGAUCCAACAAGUUUCCAUUUAUUCUGGUCAAGCCUUGCCUUUCUAAAGCGAAAAUGAAGGAUAGCAACAGCAACACAAAGAUGAAGAGAUCAGAGAACCCUGGUUGAGCUCAAAUUUCCUUUUUGCAUUUCUUCGUCUUAUGAAACUUUUGGGAGAGCUUGCUAUGGGAAAACGUACGGGGCUCAACCCAGUUGACAUCUUUUUGACGACGUUCAUGACAUCUUAUUAACGUCUGGUCAAGAAUGAAACUGGAAAACGAAUAAAGGACUGCCUCCACAUUUCAGCAUGAUUACAAUUGGCUAGCUGAGCCAUCACCAGAUCAUUAUGAUGCUGGUGGUGUGUCAAACACUUGUUUAUUUUGGUAAACCACAAGUCAAAUUCAUUCACGUUCUUGUUAAUGGGUUUAUGCAUUAUCUGGUACGCUAUUGAAUU